AAUGAUGACGACGAUGAUCUGACCUAUUGCAGCAGCUCAUACUAAAUCGCUGCUUUUGCCGCUAAAACUAAACUCAUUUCUGCCUGUACCUAGACGAGCUGCCCGUGUGGAUGAAAAUAAAAGAAAUGAGUUUUAAAGCAAGCAAGUAUUGUUUUUACUUGUGAUCGCUUUCAGGGUGUGCAUUAUUCCUGCGGACAUCUGUUGCAGCAUCGGCGUCAGCGUUAUUUUCAGAAUCAGUGUUGCUCAAAUCCGCAGCUGAAAAUGGGAAUCUCUGGACUGCUGCAGUUCAUCAAAGAUGCAGCAGAGCCCAUCAAUGUGAAAAAAUACAAAGACCAGACCGUGGCUGUGGACACUUACUGUUGGCUGCAUAAAGGAGCAUUUUCAUGUGCUGAGAAGCUCGCUAAAGGAGAACCAACUAAUCAGUAUGUGUUGUACUGCAUGAAAUUUGUGGACAUGCUGUUGACCUUCAGAGUUAAACCAAUUUUAGUGUUUGAUGGACGCAGUCUGCCUUCAAAACAAGGGGUGGAAAAGGCUCGCAGAGAGCGCAGAGAAGCCAACCUUCAGAAAGGCCGACAGCUACUACGCGAAGGCAGGCUGUCUGAGGCCAGAGACUGUUUCACCCGCUGUGUUAACAUCACACCAAACAUGGCUCACAACCUUAUUAAGGCUGCAAGGGCGAGAGGGGUGGACUGUAUUGUGGCUCCAUAUGAAGCUGAUGCUCAGUUAGCUUACCUCACAAAAUCUGGUUUGGCCCAGGCUGUCAUCACUGAAGACUCUGACCUGCUGGCAUUCGGCUGUAGAAAGGUGAUUCUUAAAAUGGACAAGCACGGCAAUGGCCUGGAGAUAGACCAAAGUAACUUGGGCCGCUGUCGCUCUCUGGGGAACAUUUUCACUGAGGAGAAAUUUCGCUACAUGUGCAUCCUAUCUGGCUGUGAUUAUCUGCCCUCCCUGCAUGGCAUUGGCCUGGGCAAGGCCUGCAAGCUGCUGCAGCUGGCCAGAGACCCUGAUAUUCUGAAGGUGAUCAGAAAGAUGGGCCAGUACCUGAAGAUGAACCUAGUGGUUCCCGAACAGUACAUUGAUGGAUUCAUCAGAGCCAAUAACACCUUCCUCUACCAGCUGGUGUUUGAUCCUGUGAGGAGGAAGGUUGUACCCCUCAACCCAUACCCAGAGCACAUUGAUGUGUCCACCCUCAGUUAUGCUGGACUUCAUCUGGGAGAUGACAAAGGCUUGCAGAUGGCCAUGGGAAACAUUGAUAUCAACACCAUGGAGAUGAUAGAUGACUUUAAUCCAGACAAACCCAUUCCACAGUCUUCAAAACACCGCAGCCACAGCUGGAUUGACUCAGCAGCUCCCGUUGGGUCUAGUAUCUGGAGCAGAGGCUUCAAGUCAGCAUGUGAAGCUACACCCAGGUCUCCUGCCUCCCCAGCCAGGCCUACCUCCACCAGGGCAAAGGAGAGGGUCAUCUGCCUAGAAGGUCAGAAGCUGCCCUGCAGAGAGCUGCAGGUGAAGAGGCCAAGAGAAGACUGCAGUAUAUCAGACCAGGGUGUGAUGCAGCAGUACUCCGCCUUCAGUCAGAAGCGAUCCAGGUCAGAUCAGCAGCCAGACAAACAAACAUUAACCCGGCAGCUUCAGCCACGCAACCCCUUUGCCACCCUGCUGCAGAGAAGGAACCAGGAGGCUGUGGGGGACAGCCAGGCUACAUGCAGCAGAUUCUUCAGCAGUUGUAGCUCAGUAGACAAUCUGAGCACAGAAGAAUUUGCUCAAAAAGAUUUACCUCCAUUUGUGGAGCCCAAAGCUGUGACUCCCACUCAGAACGACUCUCCUAGCACCCAGAGCAAUGACAGCGAUGGUCCUGAUGUUCCACCUAUGGACACCCCCAGUCCACCUCCAUCACCAAGUACCACAUCUCCCAGUUCAAGCAGUCAGGGCCUCAGACUGUUUCACUGGUCAGGCAGCUUCACCUUGACUGAACGAUUGACAAAGCCCACUUCAGGCCUGGAAACUUUGCAACAGUUUCAGUAUAAGAAAGAGACUUCUUCCUCUUUCACAAAGACCCACAGAUUCACUGGAGACAUGUCACCCCCAUGUCCAUCUUUCACUGACUCAGAGGGAAAGGACAACCUCCUAGACUCCCCUUCGUUCCAGGACAGCAUUUAUUUCUCACGGUCCCAGCCUCAGCUCUCUCCCUGUCACAAAGAGGAAGUUCCCACCUAUGACUUGUGCCUUUCCUACCAGGAGGAUGCUGCAUCUGAAAUGAACUCAAGCAAAGAUAUGGAGCCAGUGCAAGGUUCCACACACUUAACAGAAGCAGAUAAGAAACCUGGUAAACUGAAAUCAAAGGUUUCAGGUCUGUCAAAGCCAAUGUCCAGCCUCCAGAAUCAAGCAGCAAAGGUGCAAACACUGGGUCCAGCCAGGGCCAGUGGACUGAGGAAAAAAUCUGUGGGUUCUGGGAAGAAGACCCCCUCCAACGAUGAGAACAAGCCUGGUGUCCAGGCCACCAUCAGCAGCCUCUGGAAAAACUUCAGCUUCAAAAAAGAUUCCCAGAAGAUGACUCCUUGUAAGAAGGCUGAACCGAUGUCUCCAGUCAAAGACAACUUGCCAGCCAUCUCAUCACAGACAGACAUGAACUUAAUCAGCAGCUGCUGAUAGAUGCUUUUAACGUUUCCCCCAAUGCUGCACUGUGUGAGAGUGAAGCUUUUAAACAUACCAUUUAUGUUAAAGGUAUUUCACCAACCUGUAUUUGUUGAUGUAGAGUUUUAAUAAAGCAAUUGUCUUCUGAUCCAAAUGUA